AUGCAGACUCAAUCAACUCGGACAUAUUGUAUGCUGCUGCUGCUGCUGCUGCUGUUGCUGCGGCUGUUGCUGCUGCUGUUGCUGCUGCUGCUGCUGUUGUUGCUGCUGUUGCUGCUGCUCAUUCGGUUGCAGAAGGUGCACCGGCCCGUGGCCGUGUGGCAGGUACAGGGGUUUGAAGCAGACGACCCGAGCUCCUUUCCCCUGCGGCAGCAGCAGCAGCAGCAGCAGCAGCAACAGCAGCAGCAGCAGCAGCAGCAGCAGCAGGAGCAAGAGUUCUAUGGAAGAGAUUUCGAUUCACAAGACGACUCCGACAGCAGCAGCUCUUUCAGGUCUCCCCACGAGCUCGCCGAGGACGAGGAGGAGACAGCAGACACGCAGCAGGAGCAGCAGCAACAGCAGCAACAGCAGCAACAGCAGCAGCAGCAGCAGCAGAAACAGGAGAGCCGAGAAGCUUUCUUCCCCCCCUUUGCUGCUGAUGCACAGCCACAAGUGCAAGAGGGGACAGACAGCGUGCUGGGGUAUCCUGUGUGUGUACACUUCGGCCGCUACGUGCCGUCUAGCUCUCGCUCUGCUGCUGCCUGCAGUUGCUGCUGUUCUUACCCAGGUGCAGCAGCAGCAGCAGGAGCAGGAGCAGCAGCAGCAGCAGCAGAUGGUCCCCCUGUACGGUUUGGUGUUAUAUGGUGCCGGUAUGUUGUGGGGUGUGAUGGGGCUGGCUCUGUGGUAAGAAAGGCGGGGGGUAUUGCCUUCGAGGAGAAAGGAGACAGCCGUUCUUUUAUAGUUGCUGACCUGCAGCUGUCUCCUUCUUUGUCUGCUGCUGCUAGCAGCAGCUGCACUGUAUCUCCAGCUCAGUCUCCUGUUCUUGCUGCUUCUCCUCACCUCAGCAGCAGCAACACACCACCACAAACACCACACCCUCAAACAAACCGCAAGCCACCUGCUGUCUCCGGCUUCUUUGCUGGUGCUGCUGCAGCACAUCGCUUCUUCUCUCUGGCUCAGCAGCAGGAACAGAACCAGCAGCAGCGGGGGGAGCAGCAGCUAGACGAUAGGCUGCUGCAGCUGCCUUCAUGGCAGUACCAACAGCAACAGCAGCAGCAGCAGCAGCAGCAACAGCAGCAAGAAGAAACCAGCUGCCAGCUGCUGGGUUGUGGGGGCCUCAGCAGCGCAGCAGGAGAGAUGUGGGGGGAGGGGCUGAUGCAUGGCCUGGGGCGGCGGCUGCAUGCAGCUGCUGCUGCUGCACUCGAACCAGGAGAGACAGAGAGAGCGCGGCUGAUGGCGUCAGGCAGACAGACAGCAGCAGGAGACGCAGUGGAGAUACACCUCACCCCCAAGGGCUUUGCUGCAUGCAUCCCGAUGCUGAGCAGUGCUUCUGCAGCAGAUGUAGCUUUGGCAGCAGAAGCAGCAAGCCGCAGGAACAGCAGCAACAGCAGCAGCAGCAGCAGCAGCAGCUUGCGGCAGCAGCAGCUGCUGCUCCGCCGCAGCACGAGAAACGCAGACGCAGCAGCAUUUCGAUGGAGGAUCGUUACGGAGAGGCUUCCUUCUGCUGUUGCUGCUGCUGCAGCAGCAAGAAGCCCAAUGGAGUACAGCGAUGCUGCUGCUGCUGCUGCUGCAGCAGAAGACGGCGAGAGGCCCGGCAGCUCCGCAAGGAGACAGGAGACACAGGCGGAGACACAAGCAGAGCUGCUGCAGCAGGUUGAACGGAUAUUUGUGGGGUGUCGCGUGACGGAAGUGUACUGGGCUGCAGUGUAUAAGACAGCGGUGCGGGUUGCUGCUGCUUUCCGCCGCCGCCGGCUGCUGCUGGUGGGGGACGCAGCUCACGUACACCCCUCCAUACUAGGCCAGGGAAUGAACCUAGGCAUGCAGAACGCAUACAACUUGGGGUGGAAGCUGGCCCGCGUGCUGCAGCAGGGGGCCUCCCCCCAGCUGCUGGACUCCUACGCGGAUGAGGCGAGAGAAGCAGCAGGUUAG